UUAGAAGUAAAGUUAACGUGGCCGAGAGUGAUCACUGUUUAUGUCGUUGCAAAUAAUAUUUGGAAAGCGGGCGCGCAUUAAAAGUUUAAUUAUUUACUUUUGAGAAAAUACAUUUUAGAUCAUAUAAUUUGAAGCGAUUAGUUGAAGUGAACGUAACGCAACGCAAGAAUAUAGAACGGGUGUGUGCGUGUGUUUGAAUCAUUCGAAAAGGUCGAAUACAUAGCAAGAAUUCAGCAAUAAUAGUAUAUCUACACAAAUCACAUAAAAUAUCGUCCAAAAAUAUCAACAUCUGAACAUCAGUACUGCAUCAACAACAACGCUUCACCUUUAGAAAAGUAACCAACAAACAAUACUUGACUUGAAGUAUAUACAACCAACAAACAAGAAACAAAUCCAACAAAUUAGCUUGAGACGCAAUUGAUUUUGCUUUGCUUCAAUCGGUAAACUUCUUUGCUUCCUGUUUGGCACGCUUGCUGAUUGAAAAAUAGCUAUUAACACAAUGUUUAUCGAAGAUGACGCACAGAUGGAGAGCUUCUGGGUGCAGAGCGCCAUCGGCGCCAUUAAGGUGCUCGCUUUCGUGUGUGAUAUAAUCACAUUGCCGGUAUAUUUGGUGUUGCAGCGGCCAUGGAAGCGAAGAGAGGAGUCGCGACGCGUCAAGGCGCGUGUCGUCCACUCCGAUGAACAUUCGUUGACCUAUCGCACCAUUGAACCGCCACGUGAGGUGCACGUCAAGAUGCUGCAAAAUAACAUCGACACACUGGAGAAGAUGUUCAACUAUGUCGCCAAGUUGCAUUCGAACAAACGUUGCUUGGGCACACGUCAGAUACUCAGCGAGGAGGAUGAGGUACAACCAAAUGGACGCAUCUUCAAGAAAUACAAUAUGGGUGAGUAUAAGUGGAAGAAUUUCGUUGAAACGGAUCGCAUGGCCACUUCCUUUGGACGCGGUCUGCGCGAAUGUGGACAGAGUGCGCGUCAAAAUAUUGUCAUCUUUGCGGAGACGCGCGCUGAGUGGAUGAUUGCGGCGCAUGGUUGCUUCAAACAGGCUCUGUCCAUUGUAACCGUCUAUGCCACACUGGGUGACGAUGGAGUGGCGCAUUGCAUCAGCGAGACUGAAGUCACCACAGUGAUCACUUCACAUGAGUUGUUGCCUAAAUUCAAGCAAUUGCUGGACAAGUGCCCCAAAGUGGAUACCGUUAUCUAUAUGGAGGAUCAGUUGCACAAGACCGAUACAACGGGCUUCAAGAGUGGUGUGCGCAUACUCGCUUUUUCGCAAGUCGUGCGCAUGGGACAGGAGAGCAAAUUCGAGAGCGUUCCACCCAAGGCUGAGGAUACAGCCAUCAUCAUGUACACGUCCGGUUCAACAGGCACACCAAAAGGUGUUCUACUGUCACACAACAACUGCAUUGCCACCAUGAAGGGAUUCUGCGAUGUGGUGUCAGUGCGACCCGAUGACGUGCUGAUUGGCUUUCUUCCACUGGCGCAUGUUUUCGAAUUACUUGCCGAGAGCGUUUGCCUGAUGACUGGCGUGCCUAUUGGCUAUUCUACGCCAUUGACUUUGAUUGACACCAGCAGUAAGAUUAUGCGCGGCAGCAAAGGUGACGCGACCGUUUUGCGACCCACUUGCAUGACUUCCGUACCGUUGAUUUUGGACCGCAUUUCCAAGGGCAUUAACGACAAAAUCAAUUCGGGCUCGUCAUUUAAGAAAGCACUCUUCAAAUUCCUCUAUCAAUACAAAGUGCGUUGGACGCAGCGUGGCUAUCAGACGCCAAUGAUUGAUAAAUUGGUUUUCCAGAAGGUCGCGAAAUUGCUUGGAGGACGUGUACGCUUGCUUUUGUCCGGUGGUGCGCCACUCUCGCCCGACACACAUGAACAAAUCAAAACUUGCCUAUGCGUAGAAUUGGUACAAGGCUAUGGUCUGACGGAAACUACAUCGGGAGCGACUGUUAUGGACGCUCGUGAUUUGACUUAUGGGCGCACUGGUGCACCGCUGACGGUAUGUGACAUUCGUCUGGUCAAUUGGGAGGAGGGCAGAUAUCGUAUUACGAAUAAACCAUAUCCACAGGGCGAAGUGCUGAUAGGUGGCGAUUGCGUAUCGAAAGGUUACUACAAAUUGCCCGGCAAAACCGCAGAAGAUUUCUUUGAGGAGGAUGGUAAGCAGUGGUUCAAGACAGGCGACAUUGGUGAAAUUCAUCCCGAUGGUGUACUUAAAAUCAUUGAUCGCAAGAAGGAUUUGGUUAAGCUGCAGGCCGGCGAAUAUGUUUCUCUGGGCAAAGUUGAGUCCGAACUGAAGACCUGUCCGCUUGUGGAGAAUAUCUGCAUUUACGGUGAUCCAUCCAAGCAAUUUACGGUGGCGUUGCUGGUGCCCAAUCACAAGCACCUCGAAGAUUUGGCUGACCGCAAUGGCUUAAAGGGCAAAUCAUUCGAAGAAUUGUGCGCGUCGGCGGCUAUGGAGAAAGCGGUGAUCAAAGAAAUUGCCGAGCAUGCUAGGAAAUGCAAAUUGCAAAAGUAUGAAGUGCCCGCAGCCAUUACGCUCUGCAAGGAGGUUUGGUCGCCGGACAUGGGUCUCGUUACAGCCGCCUUCAAACUGAAGCGCAAGGAAAUCCAAGACAAAUACCAACACGAUAUUAAUCGCAUGUACGCCUCAUGAAAGUCAAUGUACUGAUUUGUUGUUUUAGAACAAAACUAAAUGUACAUUUUUCCCCACAUGCUGCAAAUUAGGAUAAAUUGAAGAUUUGCAAAUUGGUGAGAUAAAGUGAGAAAAACAAAUUGGCCAUCGAUUGGUUGUGGAAAAAUGUACAAGAAAAAAGAUUGAAAUAAUGAAAUGAGCAAGCGACAAAAAGGCAACAAAAACACAGCAACACAGUAGCAACCACACAUAUGUUGCAAUAAAAAAAAAAACAAAA